AUCCCUCUUUCUGCUGCAAAUCUAAGCAAGUCCAACCGUGAAAAAGUUUUACAAGAGACUUCACUCCUCCUUCAGUGGCUCUUCCAUUUUUAAUAAAAAAAGUUUAGUGUCGAGGAUGGAUCCAGGACAUUGCAUUUACAAAGUAUCAAAGUCAAUUCGGAAUGUGAAACCCCAAGCCUAUAGACCUCAGGUGGUCCUCAUCGGUCUGCAUAAUCGUUCUAUAAAACAGACUGCUAACGACGGUGCAGGAACGAGUAGUGAUCAAGGGCAAACCAACAAAACAAAACAAAAGUAUGUGAACAUGGAGAAACAAAAGAAGACAUACUUAAAAUCUUUCACAGAAAAAGUGGGGCCAAAGUCUAUUCAGGAUAUGAAGGAAAUCAUAAUAGCAGAAGAAAAAAAUAUUCGGGGAAGCUAUGAGAUAUCGACCGAGUGGGUACCACCUGAAUCCUUCGUGGACCAUAUCCUAGAGGAUUCAGUUUUCAUCAUGGAAUUCAUUAUCACGCAUGGUGAAAACUCACAUGACACUAAGCACACUGCAGAUGUGAAACAAGAUCUCAUGUUGCUUGAGAAUCAACUUCCGUUUUUCAUUUUCCAGAAACUGUUCGGUUCACAUAUGGAGAAAUUGGGUAUAAUGGGGACGGUUGAACAAUUCAUCCUGAACUUCUUUUCCCUGAAGAUAAAAACGAAAACAAACUUCAGGCAUUUCACAGACAUGUUCCGGUGUGUUUAUGAGGAAUCUCUUGAGGAAACUCCAAAUCUGAACGACUUGACUGGUGAAGCUAUUGGGGAGAUGGCGAACGCGGAUUACCUGUCCCGUGCAGGAGUGAAAUUCAAGACACCCAGUGAAUGGAAAUCGUCAGAACGAGAGAGAUCUCACAGCGGUAAUUUACAGCCGAUGACAUCGAUCUCCAGCGGAAAGGAGACGGAUGAUUAUUCGCUGCAUGUGUCAUUUAAAGAAGGUUGCUUAGUAAUGUCGAGUUUCCGUGCGGACGAAGCUUCUGAAACCAUUCUAAGAAAUGUCAUUGCAUUUGAACAGUCCCAUGGUGCUGUAAACCCCUUUACAUCUAACUACAUAAAUUUCAUAAACUUAUUAAUUACUAACGAAAGAGACGUUGAGGUACUCACGGCAGAAGGGGUACUAAGAAACCGUAUGGGUAGUCCAAACUUGGUGGUGCAGAUGAUAAACGAUUUAAACCGUGGCCUGAAGGAACCGACAAGUUCGCAAUACCUCGGCUAG